AACAUGAAAACUUUGAAAAACAGUACAAAUAUCCAUAGAAGAUGAGGGGUAGUUGCAAAAUAAAGAUAGAAGAUCAAGGGUAAAUCGGUCAACAAGAAAAUUAACAUAUAAAUAACGGUAGCAACUAACUUAAAAGCACCUCCAUAACAUAAGUCUCUCUUCUUCUUCUUCGCUUCAUCCCCAAGAAACAAAUACUCAAUCUUGCGUUUCUUUUUUCUCUCUAGAUCCUCUGUUUCUUGAUUGAUUUAGUUUCAUUAUGGAGGUAUCAGCUUAUGAUCGAAUCAAAGCCGAACUGUUAAACGCAGAAGACGAAGUAAUAAUCUCACGUUAUCUGAAGCGUAUGAUCGUUAACGGAGAUUCUUGGCCUAAUCACUUCAUUGAAUACGCAGACGUGUUCAACAAGGAUCCAAAUGAGAUAUUCAGUUCUGAGAGACCUAGAUUCGUGAUCGUUAAACCUCGAACAGGGAAUUGUGGUAAAACCGAUGGAUGUGAUGAAUCUGGUUGCUGGAGGAUCAUGGCUCGUGAUAAACUGAUAAAGUCGGAGGAGACUGGGAAGAUUCUAGGGUUCAAGAAGAUCCUCAAGUUCUGCCUAAAGUGGAAACCUAGAGAAUACAAGAGGAGUUGGGUAAUGGAAGAGUAUAGGCUUCCUAAUAACUUGAACUGGAAGCAAGAUCAUGUGAUUUGCAAGAUUCGGUUUCUGUUUGAAGCUGAAAUUAGUUUCUUGCUAGCCAAGCAUUUCUACACUACAUCAGAAUCACUUCCUCGUAAUGAGCUGUUGCCAGCUUAUGGAUUCUAUCCACAUUCUGAACAAGAGGAUGAUGAAUCUUAUUUGUUGACGAUAAUGACUUCUGAAGGAAACGAUUGGCCUAGCUACGUUACCAACAACGUGUAUUGUCUGCAUCCUUUCGAGCUUGUGGAUCUUCGAGAUCGGAUGUUUUGUGAUUACGGAACAUGCAUCUACGCUAACAAGACUGGUGGUGAAACGGAUAUAUAUAAUGGUGGUUACUGGAAGAUCCUGCACCGUGAUAGGCCGAUCAAGUCAAAGUCCGGGAAGACCAUUGGUUUCAAGAAGGUUUUUCAGUUUUAUGAACCGGAGAGAGAAAGAAUUUUUUGUAAUGGACAAGAAGUGAAGAUAGCUUGGAUUAUAGAAGAGUAUAGGCUUAGCGAAAAGGUGAAGCAGAAUAAAGUGUUGUGCGUUAUCAAGUUUACCUGCAGAUAACUAGCUAGGGACUUCUACUCUAGAACAUUCUCGAACAUGGUCAUGAUUAUUCAUGAGUCUUUUGUGUUUCUUAUUUCUCUGUUCAAUAUGGUUUAAAGACUA